AUGGCUCAAAGAACUCUAACCUUCGUGACUGGCAAUGCCAAAAAACUUGAGGAGGUGAGGGCUAUUCUUGGCAGUAACUUCCCUUUAGAGUUAAUCAGCCACAAGUUGGACUUACCAGAGCUUCAAGGAGAAAUGAACGAAGUGUCUCUAAAAAAGUGCCAAGAAGCUGCUCGCCGUUUGAAUAAACCAGUACUAGUCGAAGAUACAUGUUUAUGUUUCAACGCAUUAAAAGGUCUACCAGGGCCUUAUAUCAAAUGGUUUUUAGAAAAGUUAGAACCAGAAGGGCUUACAAAGCUAUUGGCAGGAUGGGAAGAUAAAUCUGCUCAAGCUGUUUGUACUUUUGCAUAUUGUGCUGCAAAUAAUGAAGAUUGCAAUGUCAUUUUGUUUCAAGGUAUAACUCAUGGAAAAAUCGUAGAACCAAGAGGUACAAGGGAUUUUGGAUGGGACUGUGUUUUUCAACCUGAUGGCUACAAUCAAACAUAUGCUGAAUUACCAAAGUCUGAAAAGAAUAAGAUAUCUCAUCGAUAUAGAGCAUUAGAAAAAUGCAAGGAGUAUUUUGUUAAACAUUUUGCUGAUGAUACAAAUGUGAUACAAAAGUAG